UAUGGCGUUUUACAAUACAUUUGUGGCAGAAACAAAAUGUCAAACUGCCUAGAUGUUUGUAUGCUCUGCGCAAGACGCUCCUUUUUAUAUCGACAUGGCAGAGGGUGAAAUAAAUUACAAACCCGGUCAUAUUACAGAGGGUAAGGGCACCAAAAAAUCGCAUGACAGUACUUCUAUUAUAAUCAAGAAUCACUUCGGGGCAAAACCAAAAGGCAGCUCACCAUGGGUAUCUGGAGAGGUCCUCUUCCCAUCGCAAAAUGGCACCGAUGUGUUCGGUGACAUCAACUCGCUAGGAGCCUUAAAAUACUUAUAUAAAUGUGACAAAGGUGUUAUUCAAUCGGCGAACUUCGAUGAACAUCAAGGCGACGAGAGUUCGGCAUACGGGGACUCGAAUAAUACGGAACACAAGCAGUCUCAUAUAAAGGAUUUUAUGCCAAAUGGGAGCCGUAAUACUGGCGUAUACACGAAUGGUGUUGUUGGCGACUGCUCUUCUAAAGGCGCUAUCAUAUCCCUUUGCAUAGAUACAAGUGCUGAGCAGGGAACUCCUGGCUUUUCGGAUGACCCCGGAGGUGAGAAUCGGAUUUAUGUAAAUAAUGUGGCUUCGGGUAAGGCGAAUUAUCGUAAUGAGCACACGGCGUCUUCCGAUCCAUAUUACGUUGAAGUAUCGGAGGGUGAUGUAUUACCCAUUGACCCUAUCGUUGUUGAUUGUUCUGUGGAUAUCGAUCAAGGUUUAUUUGAUACUCCCACUAUUGACUAUAGUGAAGACAUUCAAAGCAAUGAUAAUCACGCUGACGCUACGGCUGGCUCUGCCGAAAUGGAUGAUAAGGAUGACAGUAAGUCUGAACACCAUGUAAACGUCCCUGGCCCUACUACACAGACAAAGGAAAUCAUAGUCGAUAUGGAUACAAAGGGAGGUCAUGAUUUAGAGUUCACCUUCACCAAAGACAGCGAUAACGUUGGACAUAUGGAUGCAAUAUAUCUCCAUAGAGGUGUUGUAAAUUACGAUAGUGGUGGUGAUUUAUCACAUCAAACAGCAUGUAAAAUGAAUCGUGAACCCGUGAGAGAAGUAUCUGAUGUAUCUUCAUCUGAUAGGGACUUUUGUGACUCCGAUUCGAAAGUUGAAGCACAGGCUAUUAGCGAACAAAUCUUAUCUACGGAAGAUACAACGCCAAACCUUGAUGAUGAAAUGUGUUGCAUGGGUACUUCAAUAAGGAAUAAAAAUCCACGAGAAGAGUCUACGAUUUCGGAUGAGAUUGAUUUGACUUUUCGAUUCAAGAAGCGUUCUAUAGGGACUGUGUCUUCAAAGAGCAACGCCACGUUGAUGGAUAUAAUCGCAAGUCCCAACGAUCAAGAUACGGCUCAAACGGUAAAGAAUGAGCUUGAUUAUUACGUCAAAGUUACGGAAAGAUACUCUAUGUGGACUGUAAAUCACCAAACUGGUGAGCAUGAAUUUGACCCCGGUCCCCUUGCAGUUGAUUUUUAUUGCAACAUUUGUCAGACAUCGUUACCUUUGGGCAAAUGUCGAAUUCGUUGUGUUGAUUGCCCUGAUUUUGAUCUCUGCGUUUCAUGUGCUUGCAAAGGUGCGGAGAAAAAUGACCAUAAGAAUUAUCAUAGGUACAUUCCGAUCGGACCGCACUCAUUUACGCUUUUUGGUGACUGGAAUGCUGAUGCGGAGUUGUUAUUACUUGAAGGUAUUAGUAAACAUGGGUUUGGAAACUGGACAGAAGUUGCUGAUUUGGUUAGCAGUGUUUGCGUCAAAAGCAAGUCUGCUGCGGAAUGUGAGCAGCAUUAUAAUGAGUUUUACAUUCAUUCACCUUCUAGUCCAUUUCCCAAUAUUCUUAGUAUGAAUACUGUUGUAUCGGACAUUGAUGCAGCAAAACGCCUGCAAAGUUUCUCUACCUUAGUGCAAAAGGAACAUCAGAUAACAAUUCCCUCCAUGCUCGAACCUCUUUAUCUGAGGGAUAAUGACAUUCAUCAUACGGAUUUAGUGCCGCCGGCGGUUAAUAUGCGAGAGGCUGUGGGACACCAUCUCAAAUUUUUACAGACAUUUCCAGGUUACAAUAUGUACAGAGAUGAAUUAGAUAGUGAAUACAACAACGACGCUGAGUUGAUCAUAAUGGAUUUAGAAUUUGAUAUUAAUGACACUCCUGCAGAGAUUGAAUUUAAGCUCCGUAUGGUGGAGAUUUACAACUCGAUGCUCGAUGAUCGCAUACGGAACAAAAGAUUGCUUAUGCAUAGGUUUUGGUACGACUAUGUUGCAAGAGACGCUGGUAUCCAGUGUAUGAACGAGAUCGAGAAGGCUACUUAUUGGCGGCUUACACCUUUGAUGCGCCUCCAUUCUGAGGAAGAUCACCUGAGGCUUGCAAAACUCAUUGUCGCCAGAGUUGAGCUUGACAAGCGUGUACGGUUGGUGAGCACUUGGAAGUCCCUUGGUUUGCAAACGCUUGAGGAUGUGGAAUCAUUUGGUAUUCAGAAUAUGCCGUCAGCUGAGGCAAUGUCUCGGAACGUACAUAUGCAUCCAACCGCGCGCAACUUACUAUACAACGGGUACGAUAGUGUCGAAAAAUUGGUUGACUUGUCAGAACAAUUGCUUAAGGAGAUAUGCAGAGAUUUGUGUGUAACCAAAGAGAGGAUGAAUAACCUUAUCGAUGAAGUUGGUAUCCUAACGAAUAAUACACCUGUACCUAUCGGAGAGAACCUGUCUGUUGUACCCACAUGGGACUACUGUUUUGAGGACGGUGUUUUGCAGGCCGAAGUACCUCAUGUUCCCCCGGUUCCUGUUAUUGAUCCUAAUUUGUUAUCAGAUGAGCAUGUCCAUAUGCGUGUUUCUGUGAAAGGUGAUGGCCCACACAUCUUUCCAAAUGUUGCUAUUGUGGAUGCCAACUUCCAAGCGCCUCCAGAGUCGGUAGUGCAACAAUCUCAGGCAUUCUCUGGUGUUAACUCAUUGGUAUAUUUCGCAAAAUUGUUACCCGGAGCAAAGUAUGCUCUGCGCAAGGUAAUGUCAAAGCGAAAGCGUGUUACACUUACGGGAGACUUUUCAAAAAUCUCGAGUCUACGCAAGGAGUCAAACAUUUAGGGCUUCCCUGUGUUUACAGCUGGGAUUGUAUUUUCGGCUGGCAACAUGCACGUCAC